AUGUCUGAAGAAGCAUCAAAAAUACGAAGAGGCUCUGCAGCAUCAUCUGCAAAUGAACGACGAGAUACGGGCCCGAGUCCACGUUCAUCGUCAUUUUCAACAGAAAACAAUCAACAACGGACUAUGUCAACAACCGAAAUUGAUCUUGAAUCAGUUCUUCAAGUUCGUCGUCGUGGAUUAUCCAACGCAGGUCUUGCACCACCUGUAGAAUCUUAUCGCUAUACCGAUAUAAUAAUUUUAAAAGUGGAAAAAUCAAAUGAUAUACUUAAAGAAGACGCACGAUGUGUAUUUCAUGGUGAUUAUCAUGUUUUAACAGAUAUAUUUCAAAAAUAUACAUCGCAUAUUAAAAUUCAUCAUGAUGAUCCUGAAAUGGUUAAAAAUCAUGAUCGUCUAUCAGGAAAACUUUAUACAACAAUUGAAUUACCAACAAUGUCAUUAAUUGAAGUAUUAGAAAUUUUACAUAAGCAUUAUUUUUCAAUUGUGGCUAAUUCAACAAAUUUUGCAUCAACAACUAAAUUACAAGAAUUUAUUUUAUUACGUAAUAAAGAUAUACAGGAUAAUAUUCGUUCUUUACCAAUUAUUGAUACAAAAACUCACUAA